GUCACGUCCGCACUUGAACUUGAAUUCUUAUCCCAUUGUACAGAGGCAACCCCAGCCACACACACACGAAGGGGUCCUCCCAAAGCAACAAGACGGAAACACUGGACCUCCGCUGUUUGGAAUGAGAGAAAGAGGAGGUGUUUGGCUGUAACUGGCUGUUGUCUCCGUCUCCCCCUCAACUCCUAGAGCGUAGAGUUCCAUGCCAUUCCGUUCACCGUUGCCAAGACGCGCGCCGCGAGGACUGAAUGGGGCCAAAGCUCACAUCACGUAAAUGAGUAGCUAAUUUAUUAUAAUUAUUUAAGAACAUAUCAGAGGAGAAGAAGAGGUGACAGUUGAAUCGAAUAUUGACCCAUCGGUCGAAGAGUGGCAUGCACCGUAGGCUACUCCAGUUGUCAACGCGCUGCAGAAGAGGGCACCUCGUCGGAAUUUAAAUUAUCGUUAUUCUCUGCAAUUAUUACAAUAUCCAUUGCUGUAUUAACAAAAGAUAACCUUCCAGAAAUAUUUGCAUGCACCUGCAUGUUUCUGUUGUGUCCUAAAGCUUCCUUUGGCAAUUCCAGGUGUUGCGUUUAGGGUGAGUGAUUCUGCGAUAAGAGAACUGGACAAUUGAACAACGGUUUUUACCCGCCUUUCAACAACCACAAUAAAAAACACACUAGGCUCAUUUUCACUUGCAGUAGCUUUGUGUAAAUCGUCUGAAUUGGAAGCAAUUUGGAAAAAGUUACCGGGCACCAGACCAGCGAAGGAUCAUCACGGAGCAAGCCAACCCCAAGCGCAGGUCUCCGGGCGAUGCCAGAGUAGAUGCAGGGGCAAUGUCCCGUCGCAAGCAGGGGAACCCUCAGCACCUACCACUGUCGCAAAGAGAAACAAUACGACCCGAGGCCAAUCAUGAGUUGGGGGUGGGAACUCGCUCCCCGGAGCCGUCCACUCCCAGCCCCACUCCGAGGAGGGCGGGGCCAGGGGAGCAUGAUCUCUUGACCUGUGGGAGGUGCCAGACCAAAUUCCCUCUGGGAGACAUCCUGGUCUUCAUAGAGCAUAAGAGACGGCGGUGCAGUGUGGGAGGCCGCGCCCCUGGGGGUUUCUCCAAACCGGGUGAAAGGGGGAACCCCGUCUUGCUGCGGGGAGGGGCGGUGCCGGUGGAGGUGGGGGUGCAGGUGACCCCUCAUGGGGAGGAAGAAGAGGAGAGGAGGCUGACGCCCGCUAAAGGAAUCUGUCCCAAGCAGGAAAGAGGGAACACAGGUAAAGAUGAGCCGUCCAGCUACAUUUGCACCUCUUGUAAACAGACCUUCACCAGUGCCUGGUUCCUGCUCCAGCACGCCCAACACACCCACGGCAUCCGCAUCUAUCUGGACACACAUCCCUCCAACUACACCCUCACCCCUCGCAUGGCCCUCCCCCCUCCCAUGGGUGGGGGAGACUCCCUCCCUCGUUCUCCCUUACCAACCUUCCUGGGGGACACCUCUAACUCCUUCCACCUCCUCCGGAUGGCGGCGCCACUACUCAGGGAGCACCACCCACAUCAUCCCCAACACCCUCACCACCCCCGUCCCCCUCCGGGCUAUCUGGACACCCGGCUCCCUGCCACCCCACCCUUUGUCAGACCUCCGCCCCCCAGACACCUCCUGGAGCGCCUGGGUCCAGAGGAGAUGGGGUCCCUGCUCUUCCAGCACCCCAGUGCCUUCGAGAGGGUGAUGCGUCUGGCCCCAAUGGAUCCUCCUUCCAUGGACUUCUCCAGAAGGCUCAGAGAGCUGGCGGUUGGCAACAAUACUAACAACGGAGGCCCUACACCUCCUCUCUCGCCCACCCGGGUGCCCCCCAUGCACCGCCUGCUGAGUCCAACCCUCUUCCAGUCGGGCUCCAAGCCCCCACCGUUCCUCACCUACCCCCCACAGCCCCCCACGCCUCAGGGAAACGCCACCACUCCUCCCCAGGGCCAGAACCAGGCCCAGGUCCAGGCCCAAGCCAAGUCCAAGUCCUGUGAGUUUUGUGGGAAGACCUUCAAGUUCCAGAGCAAUCUGAUAGUCCACAGACGGAGUCACACAGGAGAGAGGCCCUACAAGUGUCAUCUGUGUGACCAUGCCUGUUCUCAAGCCUCCAAGCUGAAGAGACACAUGAAGACACACAUACACAAGUCAGGCUCCAUGGGGAGCUCCCCUGAACAGGAGAAUAGAGGAGAGGUAGGAGAGGGGGAGGAGAAGAGCAGAGAGGGGGAGGGAAGAAUGGGGAUGGACAACGAGGAGGAGGAAGAGGAUGAGGAAGAGGAAGAAGAGGAGGAGGAAAUUGAGGAUGAGGAGGAGAUGAGGAACGGCCUAAGUAGGCCUGAGUCUAACCUGAGCAUGGACUCAGAGUUCCACAAGAACAGGGAGAACGGGUCGAGGCCUUCCCCAGACGAGAAGCCUCAUGGUGGGGAUAGAGUGACGGAGAGCGGAGGGGUGGGUAUCAUGCACCCAUACAACCACCUGGACAAUCACCUGAGGCUGGCCCCUUCCAAGAAGACCAUGAGUCUGGACAGGGAGAGGCAGCCUAAUAGAGAGUCGAGAGAGGGGGGAGAUGCAGGGAGGGGGGAGAUGGAGAUUGAGCGGGACAGAGAGCGAGCGUUGGACAGGGUGAUGGGCAGAGCGAUGGACAGAGAGAGAGAGAUUGAAAGAGAGGAGAGGCCCUUGAUGAACGGAAGGAUUAGUGGGUCUGAAGACUCUUUCUCUGGACUGUUCCACCGCCGGCCCACCCCCAUCACCAGCCCCAACCCCUCCAACAAGAGAAUCAAGGUGGAGAAGGAGUUGGAGCUCCCCGCGGCUCCGACCCUCAUCUCCCCAGAGAACAUGUAUUCCCAGCUCCUGGCGGGCUACGCCGCUUCACGCCACUUCAUCAGAGAACCUUUCCUCCACGGCUUCAGCGACGCCCACCAGUCCCCCUUCGCCACCUCCUCAGAGCACUCCUCCUCCGAGACGGGUUCCCUCCGCUUCUCCACCUCUCCUGGGGAAUUCCUGGAGGGAGUGGGCGCAUCGGGCCGCAGCGGCAGCUCCACCCCUCACCUCCUGCGGGGUCCCGGGCCGGGUCGACCCCCUAGUAAGGAGAGCCGACGGAGCGACACCUGCGAGUACUGUGGGAAGAUAUUCAAGAACUGCAGCAACCUGACGGUGCACCGGCGCAGCCACACGGGAGAGAGGCCCUACAAGUGUGACCUGUGCAGCUACGCCUGCGCACAGAGCUCCAAGCUAACUCGCCACAUGAAGACCCACGGGCAGUUUGGGAAGGAGGUGUACCGCUGUGACAUCUGCCACAUGCCCUUCAGCGUCUACAGCACCCUGGAGAAACACAUGAAGAAGUGGCACGGGGAACACUUGAUGGUCAGCGACGUCAAACUGGAGGAGGCUGAGAGAGGCUAGGUUACGCUAGGCUAAAGCUAAGGCUACAGGCUAGGCUAGGCUAACACCUCAGACUCAUUCUGAAUGAACACUUACAGGACUUCAACACGGGGCUUGGCUGGAUAAUCUUUCUUCUUGAAUAUUUUUGGGACAAUUUAAUGUACGUAAUUCUGUUUUUGUUUUUUUUUUUUGUCACAGAAACUGCCAACUGAGAAAUAUAACAAAGGGAAACAUGGGAUGUUUCUAGAAACCUUUAGUUUCCUGCCAACUAUUGAUCUAUCUGAGGAUUUUAUCAUUUUCGGAAUGCAUUGAGCCUUUCUACUGUGCAAUAAUGUCUGUAUUUAUUGGAGUUUUGUAAAGAUAUUGGGCAUGUGCAGGUACAUCUUUGUGGGGUUUUAUAGGGAAUUAGG